GCCACCAGCAGUCACCCACACGCCUGGCGUCGCGGUGUGUGUCGCCUUGUCCGCGUCCCAGGGGCUCGUUGGCUGCAGUGCGGCGGGUCUUCUUUGAGUGCGGGCGUGGUGCGGUCAGUGGGCGUGGGCGUGCGAGAAUGCCGGGGCAGUCCGACCAGCGCGAGGCGUCAGGGUCUUUGGGCACGAGAUUGCUGCGGCGCUGGUGGUGGUGGUGGUGCGCGGUUAGUACAGCAGAGUGGCAGGCGCAGGCUGGGACGCAGGCGGCGGAAGGUGCGCUGGUGUGGUCGCGGGCAGGCGCAAGCGGGCGCGGGGGUUCAGACGGACCAGGCAGGCAGGGCGUGGGCAGCAGAGGGAGUGCGCUUGUGUUGUGCUAUGCUGUGUGUUGCGCGCAAUAGGAGUUGGGUGUUGUUGUUCUGUUAGCACCAGCGCGUUCAGCGGCGCCCGGUGCGAAUUGGUGUC